AUGGAUAACAUCCUAGUCUCGCAACGUUUCAAUACGGAUGGAAUCCCAGAGAGCUCCAAAUCAGUUAUUGAUCUCCUCAAGAUUUACGGGGCAGUUUUCGCUAGCCCUCAAUAUGCGGAUUAUAACAUCAGGAUCAACGGCACCACCUCGGCUUCAUGCCAGCAGCUCGGCGGCCCGGCUUCCGCAGUGGGCCGGUGCGAGCAGCGAUCCUUUACGCCAAAGCUCACUGAGUUUCUGUUCAAGAUCCAGCGCAACCAGAACUGCACUGUUCCGGGCCGCGGCGGCUCCACUGCAGGCCAUUCUGAAUGGGAGGAUGUCGGGACCAUAACGCUUCAGCAACCAGAACGUUAUCCUAAGGCGAACUACGCGGAGGGCGAAUGA